AUGACUUAUACUGCAAUUCCAUGUCCUGCGGCUUGCAGUAAACAGAACAACAACGCUUUCGAUAAAGAACAAGUGGUCGUAGAACCUCAAGGAAACACUGGUGUGGGCAAUUGCAAAACGUUACAACGGACAAAAUCCCUGCCGCAUGCAUUCGUAUUCGUGGCCAGCUCACUAUUCCGUUAG